UCAAGUACACGGGCGGCGUGCCAUAUGAACUCUUGAAGCCCGUUGUAGACAAGGCAACCCCUCAGCAACUUUUUGUACUGGAACAUUUCAAUCCCUAUCUUAUGGAAGACACUGCUCAGUUAUGGCAGAAAUACUGCGAGAAGCACUUUAGGAAACAACAACGGCAUGAGAUGGAAACGUGGAGGGAAAUGUACAUUCGAUGCCAAAAAGAACAAGAACAAAUUAAAAAAUUUGACAGUGAAUAUUAAAAAAGCGCAAGAAGCGAAGAAAGCGCCCGUUAAACAAACAAAGAUGGUUUACUUUGAUACUGUUGUGAAACCACCCCGGAACAUCGCACGAGCGGCUGCUACCAGUCCAGCAGCACGGGUGGCAGCCCUGGCCACACCGCUCACAAUUCGCGCCGGAAGCGGCCGACCCGCACCCUCGCCUUCCCCUGCGUCUGUGCCUGCGCUCACUUCGUUCAAACCCAAGAAAGCGCCUCUCAUGCAAAAAGUUCUGAAAUUCAUGCGAGGCCACAAGCGAUCAUAGACAUCGUUGACUACUUAUGUUGUGUAACAAUGGUAGAUAUAUUGUGUUUUAUACACACUGUCAAUUUUAUAUUUAACUGGUCGAAUGUUUGUUCCUUGUAAACCAAAUAUGACAGUGUACGUGAAUAUAUACAUGUGUAAAAUAGAACAAAUUUGAUUGUAUCAAAAUUUAUUAAACUUAAGUUUUAGAUAUGUAAGUAGUGUAAUUCGGCAUUACGAACUACAUUGUUGCUUCUUUGUAAAUAAAUUGUAAUAUAAUUAUUAGUUUAUAAUUGUAGAUCUUGUAGUCUGUAAUCCUUUUCCUAUAGUUAGUCAUUUCAUUAGAUUUAUUGGAAUGUUGUAAUGAACCAAACGUGCGGGUUGCUGUGAUAUGUUCGAAACAUAAAUAUUUUGUGAUGUAGAUAUAUAUUGUGUUCUGUACAAUAUAUUUUUAUACAUUGCUUUGUUAGAAGUAUAAUUACAUAAUGUAUAUGCUUUUCAUAGUUAAUACUAUCAAUAUAAAUCGUUUUCAUGUUCAUUACACAUCCCAUCUAUUUCAGAUCAAAUUAAUAGGAUCCCUAUUGAUUUGACCUGAAUAUUUUUACUUUUAGUAUUAGAGCAUUUACUUCUGCUGUGUUAAAUGAAAUAGAGUAUAGAUCUUUUGAUUAAU